CGCACCAAAAGCAGCAAGAUGCACGCUCACAGAAUUUGGCGAGCCGGGGCCCUCGUGGCGACGUUGUGCGUCGCGGCGACCCUGGCCCAGUUCCCUCGGGAGUGCGUCAGCCCCGAGGGGCUUCGCGGCGGCCAGUGCUGCCCCUCCCCGUCGGGCCGGGCGGGGGACGAGUGCGGCUCCGCCACGGGCCGGGGUCAGUGCGUGUCCAUCGCCGCCGACCAGCGGCGCCACGGCCCCCAGUACCCGUACGCGGGGCGCGACGACCGAGAGAGGUGGCCUCUGCGUUUCUUCAACCGCACUUGUCAGUGUAACGGGAAUUUCAGCGGCUACAACUGUGGACGGUGUCGACAUGGACUGAGCGGACCAAACUGUGACCAGAGGAUCUCCGUUGUGCGGAGAAAUUUAAUGCAAAUGAGCGCCGCAGACAAGCAAGCAUUCAUCAGCGCUCUGGACCAAGCGAAGAGGACGAUCCACCCCGACCUCGUCAUCUGUACAAGACGGUACCAGGAGAUACUUGGUCCGGACGGCAACACGCCUCAGUUCGAGAACGUCACCAUUUACAACUACUUUGUGUGGAGCCACUACUACUCGGUCAGCAAAACCUUCCUGGGCCCGGGCCAGGCCAGCUUCGGAGGGGUUGACUUUUCCCACGAGGGCCCCGGUUUCGUCACCUGGCACCGCUUUCAUCUGCUGCAGCUGGAAAGAGACAUGCAAGAUAUGCUGGGCGACGCGUCCUUCGCCCUGCCCUACUGGAACUUCGCCAUCGGGGGCAGCGACUGCGACAUUUGCACGGACGACCUCUUGGGAGCCAGGAGCUCCUUCGACGUGAACUCCAUCAGCCCCAACUCGGUCUUCUCCCAGUGGAGGGUGAUCUGCGAGAGCGUGGAGGACUACGACACUUUCGGCACCGUCUGCAACAGCACGGAGAGCGGCCCCAUCCGGAGGAACCCGGCGGGCAACGUGGCGCGGCCCAUGGUGCAGAGGCUGCCCGAGCCGCAGGACGUGCUGGACUGCCUGCAGCUCAACACCUUUGACACGCCCCCUUACUACUCCACCUCCUCCGAGAGCUUCAGGAACUCCAUUGAAGGCUACAGCGCUCCCCAGGGCCGCUACGAUCCGGUGAUCCGCAGCCUCCACAACCUGGCCCACCUCUUCCUCAACGGGACCGGCGGGCAGACCCACCUCUCCCCUAACGACCCCAUAUUCGUCCUGUUGCACACCUUCACCGACGCCAUUUUCGACGAGUGGCUCAGCCGGCACCGACCAGGGGAGAUCGUGUACCCUGAGGAGAACGCUCCAAUUGGACACAACCGCCAGUUCAACAUGGUUCCUUUUUGGCCUCCCGUCACCAACGCAGAGAUGUUUGUGCCCGCCCCGGAAAACUUGGGCUACACCUACGAGGUCCAGUGGCCAGUUCGCGCCUACACGCUGUCCGAGAUCAUCACAAUCGCCAUCGUGGCGGCGGUGCUGGUGGUGGCCAUGGUGGGCGGAGCCAUCGCCUGCGCGGUGCGAGCCCGGUCGUACCGCUCGGCCGAGGCCUUGGAGCCGUUGCUGGGGGAAACCUUCCGGCGGUACUCCGAGGACGACCGGAGGUUUGACAAAUCGCAGUCUGUCGUCUAG